CCCCGUCCCGCCGCGAUGAGCGCGGCCGGGCUGGUGUCCGCUACGCCGCCCGCUCCAGCCCCGCCCGGGGCACCGGCCCCCGCCAUGCCUCCCGGCCCCGAGUACUACGAGGAGGAGGAGCUGGAGAGCGCCGAGGAAGAGGAUGGCGAGCGGAGCGCUCGGGCCCGAGACUCCGAUGAGGAUACUGAGGAUGCAAGCGAGACUGAUCUGGCAAAACAUGAGGAGGAAGACUUUGUAGAAAUGAAAGAACAGAUGUAUCAGGACAAACUGGCAUCUCUUAAGAGGCAAUUGCAGCAGCUGCAGGAAGGUACUCUUCAGGAAUAUCAGAAAAGAAUGAAAAAGUUGGACCAGCAGUACAAAGAAAGGAUACGAAAUGCUGAACUUUUCCUCCAGCUGGAAACAGAUCAGGUGGAAAAGAAUUACGUCAAGGAAAAGAAGGCAGCAGCAAAGGAGUUUGAAGAUAAGAAAAUUGAGCUUAAGGAAAAUUUGAUUGCAGAGUUGGAAGAGAAGAAGAAGAUGAUUGAGAAUGAGAAGUUAACCAUGGAAUUAACAGGAGAUUCUAUGGAAGUGAAGCCUAUCAUGACGAGGAAACUGAGGCGACGACCAAAUGAUCCAGUUCCCAUCCCAGACAAGAGGAGGAAACCUGCCCCUGCUCAGCUAAAUUACUUGCUGACGGAUGAGCAAAUAAUGGAGGACCUGAGAACCCUAAACAAGCUUAAAUCACCCAAGAGACCAGCCUCUCCUUCCUCCCCUGAGCACCUCCCAGCUACACCAGCAGAGUCCCCAGCGCAGCGGUUUGAGGCCCGGAUAGAAGAUGGAAAACUCUACUAUGAUAAAAGAUGGUACCACAAGAGCCAGGCCAUUUACCUGGAGUCUAAAGAGAACACUAAGAUCAGCUGUGUCAUCAGUUCUGUGGGCGCCAACGAGAUCUGGGUGAGGAAAACCAGUGACAGCACAAAGAUGAGAAUCUAUCUGGGACAGCUGCAGCGAGGUGUUUUUGUGAUUCGUCGGCGAUCAGCUGCAUGACUGUAUGCUCUUCCUUGGUCCUUUUCUUUUUUCCUCCUUGUUUUUUUUAUUAAAACCAAUAGAGAAACCUCUAAUGGGGUAUGGCAGUCUGUUCACUCUCAUCUUAGAAGCAGAAAACGCUGUCAUAACCUCUUAUGAGACAGUUUGUGGCUGGCCACGUUAUUCCAUGUAGUCCUGAAAUCUCGGUGAUACACAAACACUGCCCUGGACUAUUUCUGGACUUUGCAUCAGGCUGCUGUAUGCUUUCUUUUUUUUUAAUAUCUAUUUUGGAUGACUAUUUAACAAGGUUUGCAUCAUACUUUUUUUCAUCGUUGUUUCAUGGAGCACAGAUUGGACUUGUAUGUUGAAAACAGCCUAAUGUUUGUGUUUUGAAUCAGACCAAUGGAAGAAACUUUGUUUGUCAAGACCUGAAGUUGGUUGUUCUUCUUGGCUUUGAUAUCUUGCAAGGCUCAGGAUGUCGGGCAAAAGGAGAGGAAUCCUGCCAACCUUCAGCUGCAGCUGAGGAGUGCAUCUGUAAUAUCUGGUGUACAACAUCAGCUUACUGGAUGAACUGCUGAAGGACUUGAGUGCUGAGGCUUUUCUGGGGAAGUCUGAUCAGUUUAGCAAGUGCUGAAAAUCAAGUCGAUUUUAAUAUAGCUAAGCAGUCACACGUGGCUAAUCCAAAGCAUCCAUUUCUCUUCACAUUAAAAAACCUUUCAAUGAACAAGCAAAGAGUGUGUCUUAUACCUAGAUUCCCUGGAAUAGGCAGAUGAGGAUAAACCAAAGGCUUGGUUAACUGGACUUUGCACAUACAAAGACUGCAAGUGUGGUACAGAGUGGAAAGCUGCCUUAACGUGCUUUUAGCAUACACCUAAAACCAUCUUUCCCCAAAGCACCAUGCAUACGUUUGUCUUUGAAGGGUGUUCCAAUUACUGGAUGUAGUGCUGUAUUUCUACAUUUGUCCUCCAAAACCACAAGAGGUAAAAUGUUCAAGAGAUGAUAUUAGCUGUAUUAACACCCUUCUGAGGUGUUUAAGGAUCUGACUGGCAUUCCUUCUUCUCUGUCUUCCUGUUGGCUGAAACCACCAAUACUGUGUGUGACUUUAUUGCAGGAACUACACAGCCCAGUGACAUCACUGCCUGAACUUCAGCUUCUGUGCAAAUCAAGUCUGUGCUCCUUUUGGUUACUGGUCAAAAAGUUGUAAUUUCUGCCUUUCCCUCUCUGUUUCGUUGUGAGUUAUCUUUUGUUUUUGCUUUUCAGCUGCCUUCUUGUUCAGCAUUGGUCCGGCCUGUUUCAUAUCUGGAUAAAUAGAGUAUUUUAAAUGACUGUUUCAGUUUCUUUUACUCGCUGCAGUUGGGUGGCAGUCACAUCCCUGUAACUGAUGUGUGUACGUGGAUCUGGAGUGGAGUGUGAUGGCCGAGCUGAUGCGUUGCAUUUUUGGCUGAAGGACCUCACAUACAUUUGCUGUGCUUAAAAGUUCAGCUACAUCUGAACUUCUGGUGGGGAAAAGGAGGACGUUGCAGUUUCCCACCCUUAAAAAUGUGCCAUCUUUGCUGCAGAGUUAGGUGGAACGCAGCAGGCUGUAUUUUGUCAAGUUAACAGCAUACUUAAUGUAACUUAACAUUCUGUGUGUGUGUGGCAGGGUUUUAUAUAAGGUAAUCAUGUACUGAACAGGAUUUGUCACUAAGCCUUACAGUGAUCAUCAUAGUUCUUAUAAUAAAAAGCAUUAAGUAAA